AUACUUUGGGUGUUGUAAGUUUGAUUCACGUGGAGAUCCAGCUUGAUUUUUGGGAUUUGUGAAGGUGGCCUGGGAUGGGAUUGCAAUUUGCAACGGUGUAGUGGGGAGACCAGGAGGGAGUUGGAGUGAAAUUGUGUUGAUUUGAUUUGAUUCCUUUCCAAUGCAUUCAUUUUGCACAAGUACUUAUGACAGACAGAUCUGAUCUCUAAGUGCAUUUUUAUAAGAGAAGAGAGGAGGCAAAGAUAUUGGGGCAUUUGGGGAUUUGGUUUUUAUAUAAGGUUAACAAUGGUGAAUGAGUGAAGUGGAUUGGUUUGCAGGGUUAAGAAAUCUAUAGGAGGAGUAGAGUAAGCCAGGAUUUGGAUGUGGGAAUCUGAAAAGCAUGAAUGCUCAGGCCCAUGUGGCAGGGCUGAGGAGGUUGUCUGCUAGGGCCAACAACAAGGUUCAUCACCACAUCAAUCCCACAACAACGGCAGGGCCUCUUCAGAAGGGACUUGAUUCGUUUUCUGUGUUUGGAAAGAAGGUGAUUGAUCAUCUGAGGAAGAAGCAGAGGAUACCCAUUGACAAGGGGUUGUCUGAUGAGGAGUUUGUCAGAAUUGAAGCUACUUUUGCCUUCUCAUUUCCUCCAGAUUUGAGAGCAAUCUUGCAGGAAGGGAUGCCUGUUGGGGUGGGGUUCCCUGAUUGGAGGUCAGGUGGGUCUCAGCAGAUUAGUAUGAGGCUCAACUUGCCCAUUGCAGGGUUGUCCUAUGAGGUAGCCAAGGGCAGGUUCUGGUGCAAGCAGUGGGGACAGAGGCCUGUGGACAUGGAGUCUGCAGUGGCAGUGGCAAGGGCCAAUCUGAAGAAGGUACCAGUUCUGGUGCCCAUUUAUGGUCACUGCUAUAUCCCAUCUUGUCCUAAUCUUGCAGGUAAUCCAGUCUUUUUUGUGUAUAAAAAUGAGGUCUUGUGUUGUGGGUUUGAUCUUGGAGACUUCUUUGAGAGGGAGGAAUUUGGGCUUCAGGAACCCUUGGAUUUCACAAACAGUUUCAGGCAUGCUCACGAUAGUUUAAUGUGCCUGAGGAGGGACAGGUCUCUGAGGUCAAUGGGUCAUUAUAGAAAGAGCAGCAGCAAGGAUGAAUUUGAACUUAUUAAUUCUGAUCAUCUUGAUGAUGAUAAAGUCUGCAAGAAUAUAGAAGCAUGGGGGAGGAACCUGGAUUCUCUAGCAAAAUGCUCAGAUUUUGUGAGUAAGAAGAGUUUUUUAGAGUGGCCCAGGAGGAGUGUCUCUGUCUCUGAUAGACACCCACAUCCAUUUCUGAGUGGUUGCAAUUCCCCCAAAUUUCUAAGCAACAACACCCAUCUUCAAGAAAGGAUCAUCUCUGACAAGAUCCUUGCUAAUUUAGCAGUCUCCCCUUCACCCUGGUCUGCUUCCAAGGCUCCAAGGUGGAUACAGUUUUGGAGUGAUUUGGCAGAAAAUAGGUCAAAUUCUUCUUUCUCUUGCGUCACAUCCCCUUCUCCUGAAAGGCUGUUUUCUUCCUCCAAAGUAGAUAUUGAUGUAGCAGAAGAUAAGUAUGGCGAUGAUGGUAUUGGUGGGUGUAUUAAUAUUGCUGAAAUCUGCAUGCCCAGAUGGGUAAUGGAGUACUUAGAGGAGUUGGCAAAUAUUCUCAGAAAUGGGGGUUGGAAGGAGAGGGACAUCAAUGACAUGCUACUUCAAGUCUCUUCCUCAAAUUUGCCAGGCUCUGAAGAUAUAUACUUGGACAGUCAGACUAUUAUAGAGGGGUUGCUACUUAAAGCAGAUUUGAUGUCAAACUCUCUGAGAAAAGCAGGGUGGAGUUCAAAGGAUGUAGCAGAGAUUUUUAACAUCGAGUAUAAUCCCAUUAGGAAGCCCACAAAGAAAAUAUCUCCAGAGUUAGCUGAAAGAAUAGGGAAGCUUGCAGAAUUUGUGGCCAGAGCGUGAAUUUGACUAUCAUUCAAGAGAUGGUAAAUUUCUUUUGGACUUUGUCACGAAUCAUUGUCUCUGCUUAUACAUUUCCAAGCUAAUUUUUCUGUUGGUGUAUUGAGAAAUUGUAUAAAAUACCAUGAUUUAAUCUACAUUUUGAGCCUAAUUCUUCCUUCUGUUGGAUACUGAGGAACUGUAUAAAAUGCCAUGAUUUAAUUCAGGUAUAUGGGUUGAGUUGUGAGCCCCCUUGUUAUGUAAUAUUAUACUUUAGAAGUAUUGGAUACUGCAAUGCCUCUCUUUGCUAUAAUGUUCUAUUUUUCUUCCGUUUAGUCAUUUGUUCUUUAAAUUCUUGAGGGGUCCAUGUAAACCAGAGACAACAAAAUAGAAUGAAGUUUCUUUUAUGUCA